AUGGAGAUAACGACGCGUCACCGAACUUUCUGCGGUAGAUCUCACCUGCAUAGCCCUAAAAAUGAGCGCACAAGUCUUUCCAAACUGAACGAGGAGGAUCGACUGAAGGCGUCAACACCCAGAUCUCAACCUUCGCAAUUGAUUCAGCUGCUGCAAAAGAGUGCAAAGGCUAAACUCUUCCACGAGCACCAGCGUUCAUCAUCAAUUCAGACGCUGCAUCGCUCAAACUACCACCGACCAAGGUCCACUUCGUCGUCGGUAUCUCCCUAUUCGUUAUCCAUGUCGUCGACGGCAUCACUGCGUCGCCUGCAACAAGAUUCCGAGGACGAACUUGUUCGAGCUUUCGUUCAAGCACAAGCAGCCACAGUAGACGCCGUAUACUUGGAUGAUGUGAAUGCUCGAGUCACGGCCUUUUCAACCGCAUCAUCCUUGAUCAGAGUAAGCAAUUCCAGCAGUACAUGUAAUGUGCUUGGAUGCAACGUUGAUUCAGAGAAACAAGAGCACAAACCGGAGCCAGUGGACGUGCCUAUCUUAAACGCGUUUACUUGUCCUGUUACUGGCAGCAAUUUCAUGGCCAACGGCUUUGACACCAACACACGGCAUGAAUGUCAGAUCUGCUUCAACACCCUGGACACAACUCAGGUUCAUGUAUGUAUUUUAUGCUGUGAAUCUUUCUGUGCCAGCUGUACGCGCUGGUAUAUUGAGUACAAAGUGCUGGAAGGCGAAGUUUCGCAAAAAAAGAUGGUGUGUCCGGCGCCGCGGUGCACGAACCCAUUGUCCGAGGACCUUAUUGAAGCUUUGGUCUCUCCUGAAACGUUUGACAAGUACAAAACAUACCGCAAAAACCAAAAAGUUGGCAUCCGGUUUUGUCCACGUGCAGGUUGUUGCGCAAUCCUGGAUGAGCCACUCGGCUCGUCGAAGCGUAGGGUCAAAUGCCAAUCAUGCAAACAGGAGUCGUGUAUGCGAUGUGGUGGUGAUUUUCACAAGAUGGCAACAUGCCGUCAUGUGGACAAGCAUUUUGGCCACUGGAAGAAGCGGCACAACGUACGAGGGUGUCCCAGUUGCAAAGCUGUCAUUGAAAAGCAAGGCGGCUGCUCGCAUAUGAAGUGUUUCCAGUGCGACCAAGAGUUCUGUUGGUCUUGUCUUCGUCCGUGGAAUAACCACGAUGAAACUUUGUGUCUACCCCUGAGUUUUUUGCGCUCCAAGAGCCGAAAGUAUGGCUGCUGGGGACCGAUGCGUGUCGCUUCAAAGACAGCAAUUGUUGGUGUUACUGCUGUCGUAGCGGUUGUCGCCGCUGGGCUUGCAGUCGUUGUUUUACCACCUGUAUUAGGAUACCAGUAUGCCAAAGACUCCUAUUGGCGUCGCAAGUACGCACGCUCUUCUUACUUAUGUGUGGCGGGCGGAGAUCCGUAUCUUCAUUAA